CCAUGAGCGCGGCCGAGCGCGGCCCCGGCGGUUCCGGGGGUCCCGGGGGUCCCGCCGGUCCCGACCCCGGCGGCGGCCGCAAAGCUCGGGGGCGGCCCCGGCUGACCGAGACGGACCGGGCGCGGCGGCGGCUGGAGUCGCGCAAGAAGUACGACGUGCGGCGGGUGUACCUGGGCGAGGCGCACGGGCCCUGGGUGGAGCUGCGGCGCCGCAGCGGCUGGAGCGACGCGAAGCUGGCGGCGUACCUGCUGGGGCUGGAGCGGGGGCAGCGCGCCGGGCGCCGCGGCAAACCCUGGGAGCAGCUCCCCAAAAAACCCAAACGCAAGAAACGGCGCCGGCGGAACGUGAACUGCCUGCGGCACGCGGUGAUCUGGUACGAGGACCACCGGCAGCGCUGCCCGUACGAGCCGCGCCUGGCCGAGCUGGACCCGUCGGUCGGGCUCUACACCACGGCCGUGUGGCAGUGCGAGCGCGGCCACCGCUACUUCCAGGACCUGCACUCGCCGCUGCGGCCGCUCAGCGACAGCGACAGCGACGGCGACAGCGACAGCGACAGCGACAGCCACUCGGGCGGCGAUGAGGCCCGCGGCUCCUCCUCCUCCUCCUCCUCCUCCUCCUCCUCGGGGCGCUGCAGCUCCGGCUCGGAGGGGGCUGCGGCAGCGGGGGGGGGUCCCGCGGUCCCAGCCCCCCCUCCCGGGGGUCCCGGGGGUCCCGGGGGUCCCGCCGGGGGUCCCGAGGCGCUGGAGGCCGUGCUCUGCGUGCCCCUGGGCCCCCCCCCCGCCCUGCUGCAGGGACCCCCCCUCCUGAUCCUGGCCGGGCCCCUGGGGGGGCUGCAGCUCGAGCUGGGGGGGCUGCUGGGGGCGGGGGGCUCCUUCCCUGCCCCCCCUGCGGAGCCUCACCUGCCCAAGACAGAGGAGGAUGAGGAGGACCCUGUGCUGAGGCUGAAGCAGGAGGAGCUGCCCCCCCCCGCCCAGCCCCCCCCUCCGGAGCCCCCCCGGGACCCCUCCCCCAACGAGGACACCGAGGGGUCGACGAUCAUCUACGAGAUCCCCAAAGAGCCAGAACGGCCCCGCAGGAGCAGGAGGGGCCGCGCCCCCUCCCCGGACCCCCCCGAGCCCCUCACCUGCCCCCACAGCACCUGUGGGCAGCAGCUCAGCACAACCAGCAGCCUCCAGAGCCAGGUGAGCCGCAGGGGCCGCAGCCAGGUGUGCCCCCAGCCCGGCUGUGGGAGGAGCUUUCACCUGGAGAAUCACCUGCACAGGCACGUGGGCGUGCACUCAGGUGAGCCCCAGGUGUGUGUGUGACCCCACACUCCAUUCC